AGCCUCCGCCGCCACCUCCUCCUGCGAGCCGGGGCGCCGGUGGGAGCGGGGCAGGGCGGAGAGGCUCUGCGGCGCGGCCGGGAGGCGUUGGAUGGAGGCUCCCACCCGCCGGGCCGCCCGCCCCAGCCUGGAAUGUCCUGGGGACCGGGGCCGGGACCAGGGAAGGGGGCGCGGCGGCUGCCGCCCUGAGAUCUCUGGGUGCCUCUGCCCAGCCCUGAGCUCGCUGCUUUCCAAGGUCUCCCACCUGGCGCUAUGCAUCCUGAUCCUGGGCACCCACAGGCACUGCUCCUCAUCACUGCCGUGGGCAUCGUCGCUGCCACCAGCUCAGACCUGACUCCUCGCUUCACCUCCGAGCCCUCCUCCGCCAUCCAGCGGCCCGGGGGCUCCGUGCGGCUGCGCUGCGCUGCUGAGCCCCCCGCGGCUCGCCUGUCCUGGCUGCUGGAUGGGCAGCCCCUGCAGAGCCGAGCGGGAGAGGUGGAGAUCCAGGCUGGCUCCCUGACCAUCGCCGCCCUGGGCCGGGCCACCGCCGGGCGCUACCAGUGCGUGGCCGCGGGCGGCGCGGGGGCGGUGCGGAGCCGCCCGGCGCUGGUGGCCGUGGCCGGCCUAGGUGACUUCGAGCCGUGGGGGCAGCCCAGAGCCGUGGCAGCAGAGGAAGGAGGAACAGCUCUGCUGGGCUGCAAGGUGCCAGAGAGCCAGCCUGAGGCCCAGGUGCGCUUCCAGCUGCGGGGCAGGUGGCUGCAGCAGUCCACAGACAACUACCUGCUCCUUCCAUCUGGACACCUGCAGAUCCUGAAUGUCUCUCUGGAGGACAAAGGCCCCUACAGGUGUGCAGCCUACAACCCACUGACCGGAGAGCUGCGGGUGGAGCCCAGCGGGCGCCAGCUGGGAGUCACUCGCUCCUCCUCAGGUGGCUUCCACAUCCUGCACCCAGUGUCCCCCCAGAGCCUGGCCGUGCCUCGUCACAGCCCCCUGACUCUGGAGUGUGUGGUCAGUGGGGCCCCUCCAGCCUCCGUCCGCUGGCUGAAGGAGGGGCAGGAUGCACUGAGCAGAGGCAGGUGGAGGCUGCUCCACUCCCACCUGGUGACAGACAAGCUGGAGGUGUCUGAUGCUGGGAAUUACUCCUGCGUGGUGGGGAAUGGCUCUGGAGUGGUGGAACACAGGAACUACUCCCUGACAGUACUUGAGCCUCCCUCCAUCUCCAAGGGGCUGCAGGACGAGGAGGUGGCCGCCGGAGGGUCCGUGCAGUUCUGGUGUGAGGUCCGCGGCAGCCCUGCCCCCAGCCUGGCCUGGCUCCACAACGCGGCCGCCCUGCGCCCGUCCCCGCGGCACCUGGUGGCAGGGAACCGCCUGCGCAUCCGCGGCGUGGCCCGGGAGGAUGCUGGCUUGUACCAGUGUGUGGCACACAACGGCCUGGGCUUCGUGCAGGCCACGGCCAGGCUUCGUGUCCAGCCAGCUCCCGCAGGACCCAGCCCAGCCGCAGCAGAAGUGCUCCCGGCCAAGCCUGUGCCCAGCGGAGGAGGAUUUGGCACAGCGACGGUGACGGAGAAGGCCUCCGAAGGGGCUGCCCCCCCCGAAGCCCCAAUCAUCCUCAGCCCCCCCCAGACGCCCAAGGCAGAUGUCUACACCCUGGUGUGGCGCCCGGGGCGCGACGGAGGCCUGCCCAUCAACGCCUACUUCGUGAAGUACCGCAAGCUGGAGGACGGCGUGGGCACGGCAGGCAGCUGGCACACGGUGAGGGUGCCUGGCAGCGAGCACCAGCUGCGGCUGACCGAGCUGGAGCCCUCCAGCCUCUACGAGGUGCUGAUGGUGGCCAGGAGCGCGGCGGGGGAGGGGCAGGCUGCGAUGCUGACCUUCCGCACCAGCAGAGCUCUCUUACAGGUCCCCUCCUGCCAUGUGUGCAUGGAAGCUCUUGACCGUGGGGGUGGUGGAACACUGCAACAGGUUGCCCAGGGAGGUGCUGGAGGCCCCAUCCAUGGAACCAUUCCAGAGAGAACAUCCUCCUCCAAGAACACUCAGGCUCCCUCCCCGCCCGCGGGCCCGCCCAAGGCUCCUGUCCUUCAGGAGGGCACAAACAGCUUCGGCGUCGUCCUGCCCGACCUCUCUCGGCACAGCGGAGUGCCAGAGGCUCCUGACCGCCCAACCAUCUCCACAGCCUCCGAGUCCUCUGUCUAUGUCACCUGGAUCCCCCGUGCCAAUGGGGGCUCCCCCAUCACUGCCUUCAAGGUGGAGUACAAGCGCCUGGGCCGCAGCAGCGACUGGCUGGUGGCAGCCGAGCACAUUUCCCCGGCCAAGCUCUCCGUGGAGGUUCGCAACUUGGAGCCAGGAGAGCUGUACCGGUUCCGGGUGAUCGCCAUCAACACCUACGGGGAGAGCCCUCGCAGCGCAGCCUCCCGCCCCUACCAGGUGUCGGGCUCCAGCGGGCGCCGCUCCCGCCGGCCCGUGGCGGGGCCGCACAUCGCCCACACCGAGGCGCUCAGCGACACCCAGAUCCUGCUCAAGUGGACGUACAUCACCUCCAGCAACAACAACACUCCCAUCCAGGGCUUCUACAUCUACUACAGGCCCACGGACAGCGACAACGACAGCGACUACAAGAGGGACGUGGUGGAAGGCACCAAGCAGUGGCACCUGAUCAGCCACCUGCAGCCAGAAACCUCCUACGACAUCAAAAUGCAGUGCUACAACGAGGGGGGCGAGAGCGAGUACAGCAACGUCAUGAUCUGCGAGACCAAAGUCAAACGCUCGCCGGGGGCCUCCGAGUACCCCUCCAAGGAGCUCAGCACUCCCCCGAGCGCCCCCGAGCGGCCGGGGGGCGGCGGCGCAGGCGGUGCCCGCAGCGGGGACAUGCUCUACCUGAUCGUGGGCUGCGUGCUGGGCGUCAUGGUCCUCAUCCUCAUCGCCUUCAUCGCCAUGUGCCUGUGGAGGAGCCGCCAGCAGGGCGCCACGCACAAGUACGACCCUCCUGGCUACCUCUGCCAAGGGGCAGAGCUGAGCGGGCAGCUGAUGGAGUACAGCAGCCUGCCUGGCACCAGCCUGGUCAAUGGCAGCAUCCACAGCAGCUUCCUCACCAACGGAGCCCUCAGCAACGGCUGCCCACAUGCCCACCACAAGGCUGGCAGCGGAGUGAACGGGCUGGGGAACGGAGCUGGGCUGUACCCUGGGCACAGCAGCUCCCUGCCCAGCACACACCUGGACUACGAACACCCCCAGCAGCUGGUGAAGGGGGGUGGUCUGUACACGGCCGUGCCGCAGGCUGAGCCCUCGGAGUGCAUCAACUGCAGGAACUGCCACAACAACAACAGGUGCUUCACCAAAGCCAACGGCACUUUGGGCAGCGCUGCCCUGCCCCUCCUGCCCCUCGCAGCACCUUACCAGCAGGAUGGGUUGGAGAUGAAGCCUCUCAACCACCACCUGAUGGUGGCCAUGUGCUUGGCCUCCACCGUGCCAGAGUGCAGCGCCAGGCUGGAGGAGGACAGCAAGGAGAGGGCAGAGCAGCCCCCAGCACAGCACCCCUGCUGCCAGGGCAGGAGCCAGCUCCCUGAGGGUGACACAGAUGGUGACUCCUGUGUGCACUCAGAGACCUCCAACCACAUUCUGAGCUGGAGCCCUCUCAUUCUGCAGCCUCUCUCCAAGGACUGUAGGCAAAAUCCAGGCUGGAGCUCAUCUGGAGUCACCUUCAGAGGUCCAGAGGACCUUCAGCAGCCGCAGGAGACCUGAGCCAGAGCCCCCAGGGAGCGCCAGGAGUGCAGAGCUGCUGCCAGGGAGUGCAGGAGGGAUGGGAACUGUCAGAGCCACUAUUUAUUGCCGUGGAGCAGUGCCAGAGGAGUGCAUCUCGGGGUUAAAUGUUGCCUUUUUAUACUCUU